AUGACAGAGGUUAUAAGUUCUGACGUUACCUCACAACUUACAUCUGACUUUUAUCGCUGCAGCUCUUUCUCCUUGCAGCUUGACGAAUCGACUGAUAUAGUUGAUACAACUCAACUGACCGUUUUUGUAAGAAUGGUUUUUGAUAAUUUCGAAGUAAGAGAGAACCUUAUGAAGAUUAGACCAUUAACAGAACGCAUUACAGGACAGGCGAUAUUUUUAAUUGUUAACGAUCUUAUCAACUCUGAAAAUAUUCCUAUAAAUAAAAUGGUGGACUUAGCAACUGAUGGAUCUCCUGCAAUUGUAGGCAGAGAGAAUGGAUUCAUAAUCAUAUUUCAUAAGGACAACAGCUUUCCAAAAGUUAUGUCUUACCAUUAUGUAAUAUAUCAGGAGCCACUGUUUGGAAAGUUUUUAAGUAUAAAAAAUUUAAUGAAAACAGUCAUAAAAAUAGCGAACAAAGUUAGAGCACAUGCAAUUCAGAGACAUUUGUUCGGAGUACUGACUGAUGAACUGGACUGUCGGUAUGGUGAUUUAGUGCUACAUACGGAAUUUCGUUGA